UGGCCGGCGGCCCCCCACGGCGUUCUAAAGGGCUGAUACAUCGCGUUCCCACGGGGCGUGGCCGGCGCGGGAUACAUCGCGUUCCAAAGGGGCGUGGCCGGCGCGGGAUAACCUGGGGGGGGCCAUGGCGGGCCCGGGGCUGCGGGCGUUGCGCGCGCUGUGCGGGGCGGGCGCCGCGUGGCUGCGCUGGGGCCGGGGCCGGUGCGGGGCCGGCGGGCGCCUGGCGGCGCGGGCGCUCAUGGCCCUGGCGGGGCCGCUGCUGUUCCGCCUCGGGUACACCCUCUAUGCCCACACCCGCCUCGGCUACCUCUUCUACAAGCGCCAGGUGCGCAAGGCGCGGGAGCGCUACCCCCACGGCCACUCUGUGCCCCAGCCCGUGGCCUUCCCAGGUGUGAAGAUCCUGCCGGUGCCAGUGCUGGCCAACAACUACAGCUACCUGGUCAUCGACACGGGGUCUCGGUGUGCGGCCGUUGUGGACCCCGCUGACCCUCGCGCCGUGCAGGCUGCCAUCGAGCAGGAGGGAGUGACCCUGGAUGCCAUCCUGUGCACCCACAAGCACUGGGACCACAGCGGGGGCAACGCGGAGCUGUGCCGGCGCCACGGCUCCUGCCGGGUCUAUGGCAGCGCUGCUGACGCCGUGCCCCAGCUCACCCACCCGGUGCUGGACGGGGCACGCAUUGGUGUGGGUGAGCUGUGCUUCACAGCCCGGCACACACCUGGGCACACGGUGGGACACGUGAUCUACGUGCUGGAUGGCAACCCCCCUGCUGCUCCCCCCUGCCUCUUCUCCGGGGACCUGCUCUUCCUCUCCGGCUGUGGGCGCAUCUUUGAGGGCACCCCGGAGACUAUGCUGGCAUCGCUGGACACGGCCGCUGCGCUGGGUGAGGACACGCUGCUGUGGCCCGGCCACGAGUACGCGCUGGAGUGCCUGGGCUUCGCCAGCCUGCUGGACGCUGACAACCCGCACCUGGAGCAGAAGCUGCGCUGGGCCGGGCAGCAGCGCCUGGAGCGCCGCAGCACGUGCCCAUCCACACUGGGAGAGGAGUGCGCCUACAACCCCUUCCUGCGCACGCAGAGCCCCGAGGUGCAGGCGGCGCUGGGGCUGCGGCGCCGCGGGAGCGAGGACAGCACCGCCUUCCGCGCCCGGGUGCUGGGCGAGCUGCGGCGUCGCAAGGACCACUACCGGGCCCCCUAGCGCUGCUGUGGGGGGGGCAGGGGCAACCCCCCCUCCCCCUCCAGGCCUAGCUGCUUCCUGCAAGGACUCUGACCUUUGACCCUGCAGGCUGCCCCUUGGGAGACCCCCCCACAGCUGUGUGUGGGGUCUCCUGGGGGUUCCCCCCCCCAAACCAACCUGGCUGCUACAGGCCCAGCCCCCCUCUGUGCUGCUGGGCUCUGGGGCUCCAUGUGGCAGCUAGGGGGGGUUUGGGCCGGGUGGGGGGGGGGGGGGGGGCUGAUUGGCUCUACUCCGCUCCCCCUGCAGGGCUGCUGGGGGGGUGGAUGGUGCUCAUCCCUGGGGCGUUGCAAUGCUAAUAAACGGACAGGUUUUA